AAGCUUUAUUUUUAUGUAUAAACUAUUCUCGAAAGAAUAUCAUUUUUUGACGUUUUCUUUUUUAGAAAAAAUAAAGUUUUUUUAAGAAUUCGAAAAAGCUAUAUUCUUGCUUAAAUUUUAAUCUUUAAACUGAAAUUUUGUUCAUCAAAAUUGAACAAGAAUUACGUCUAUACUCCUUGUUAGUUUACACCAUUAUAAAACCAGAAGUAAUGAACAGUCUUAAUAGAAGACAUUAAUUAUCCAGUAGAUUUAAUAUCUUAUGAAAAGUAGAUAUACAUAAUAUUGUAAUGUUCAUGUUUUUAUUAAAAUAUUAAAAUAUUUUUUAAAUUAUUUGAUAUACGGGGAACAAUUGAAAAAAAAAAUAUACAGAUUGCAUAUAUUCCAUCUAUUUUAUUUGUUUUUAACGCAGUAUUCUUCAAUUCGAUCCUUUGGAUGAAUCUAUCUUUGGAUGUUUGUUCAAGUUUAAUUAUUUAACAUAUUUUUCAAUAACACUAAAAAUACUUAUAUAUAAACAUAACAUUUAUCGCAUAGUGAUAUUUUUUGAAUUUCUAUUCUUUACAUAAGUAAAAUAAUUUGAAUUUUUUUUUUCAUCUUGAGCUUUAAUCGCAUUUGCUUAUGUAAAAAGCAGAAUAUAUGCCAUAAAACAUUGCAGUUUUAUAAAAAUUAUGUAAGUCGUGUUUGUUUAUUAAUUUAUUAAUUUUUUAUUUUAAUCUUAGUAUGUUAUAUAUACGAAGUUAACCAUUAAAAUGUCGUUUGAUAUCACGACAUCAGCGUCAUCUGCCAACAAAUAAGUUAUAACUUUUAUUUUAUACGAAUUUAUCUUUUAUAGUUGCCUUGUAGAAAUCAAGGGUAAUAGGUGAAAGUUGAUUUGCAUUAAGCAUGCUUUUGUACGCAUACUUGUUGCUUACGUGACAUACGCGAAGCAGAAGAGAAAGUUCGUUCUUAAUAAACUAGUAUUAGCGAAGAUGUCCAAGUACAAGUUUGUUUUAAAUCUGCUCAGAAACGAUUAUAUUAUUAAAGAUUUAUAUCAUAAUAAGUGUAAUAAUGUGUUCAUGAUACAGAGGAAUGUUUGUUCUUCUAAAGAAAAAAAUAUUUAUUUAUAUGAACCUUGCAUGUUUGCUGCAAAACCAGUAGUAAGUCAAAAACCAGAUUGGAAUAAAGCUGUUUCUGAAGCUGAGAAAAUUGUGGGAUAUCCAACAUCUUUUUUAAGUUUACGAUGGUUGCUCAGUGAUGAAAUUGCCAAUGUGGCUUUACACUUAAGAAAAUUAGUUGGAUCUAAUCAUCCUUUGUUAAAAACAGCAAAAAAUUUGAUAUAUAAUGGCCGUGAUAGUAUGCAAGCUUGGGGUUUAAUUAUAUUAUUAAUAUCUAAAGCUGCUGGUCAUUUAAAUGUCGAUAAUAUGGAAGAAGAUAAAGCUGCUGGUGUUUUACACAGUCAACGGGCAUUAGCAGAAAUUACUGAAAUGAUACAUACAAGUCAUCUUAUACAUAAAGCUCUUGUAAAUAUACCUCCUGGAAUAUAUCCAGAAACAUCAGAGUUACAUGACAUGACAUUUGGUAAUAAAAUUGCUUUAUUAAGUGGUGAUUACUUACUCAGUAACAGUUGUACUGAAUUGGCAAAUCUUAGGAAUCAAGAGCUUAUUGAAUUAAUGUCAACUAUUAUAAAAGAUUUGACUGAAGGAGAAUUCAUUGGACGACGAGAUAAUCAGAAUAAUCCAUUACCAUGUGAACCUCCACCAAAUCGUAAAGAUUAUGCUGUAAAAGAAUGGACAUUAAGAAAUGUAUUAAGUGCUGGUACUUUACUUGGAAAAUCUUGUAAAGGUACUUUAAAAUUAGCUGGCCAUAGUGAUGAUAUACAAGAGCAGGGCUAUGAAUUCGGAAAACAUUUAGCAUUAGCUUGGCAAGCAAAUUUGGAUCUAGGGGUUUUUAUUAAUAAAGAGCCACCUGUAUCUUUCAAUUUAUGUUCUGCACCCAUUAUGUUUCAUAUAGAACAUGAUCCAUCUAUUUUAACAGAAAUAGAUAAGGGUUUAGAAUCUAUAGAUAAUGUAGAUUAUGCAAAGGUAUACAACAUUGUAAGUCAAGGGCCUGGCAUUGAAUUAACAAAACAGUUACAGAAAAAACACUCACAGAAAGCAACAGAAGUUCUUAGCGUAUUUCAAGAAAGUGAUGCUAGAACAGCAUUAUAUAAUAUCAUAGCAGCAAUGGGAGAUUUUUAAAUUAAAGUUCAAAGUUAAUGAACUGAUGUGUGUAAUUUUGACAAAGAUUGCCCAAUGUCAGUUCAUACACCGUCCAAUUUUCAGUUUUGAAAUUAAUAUUUAAAGCUGAACAAUAUACUUACAUGUAUUUAACUAUUUGUAUAUAUAAUACAUAACUCAUGAGUACAUUAUAUUUAUAUAUAUUUGUGAAUAAUAUAUAAAAUUUUUAUGUAUAUUUUUAAAAGAUUCGAAUAAUUCUAUUUAUGUCCCUCGUAAAUCUGUAUAAUGCAAAUUGUAAAUAUAUUUCUAUUUUUUCUUUGGA